AUUUGUAUAAACUUCUUUUUUGAUACUGUAAUAAAUUUUGGCAGUGAAAAUAUUUUUUUUUAUCUAAAGUAACAUAUUUGUGCGCAAAACUGUAGGAACCAUUAUUAUUCGAAAUAAUGAGCUAACAGAUUUUAUGAAUUCCAGUAUGGACAAAAAUACAAAACAAACCUACGAAGAUUCCAAUGAAGAAAAUAAAAAAAAUGAGACAAGUAAAGAAUAUGAAGUGGACUUCAUUAACCAUGCGCAAACGAUACGUGAAUCUGAUUUAAAUUAUAAAUCUAAACAAAAUAAGAUGAAUUCACAACAUAAUCAACGCGAACGUAAUUAUUCCCGUUCUCGUUCACCGAACAGUACCAAGAGCUCUAAAAAAUGGAUAAGCUCUAAUGCCUUUAUCAAUUUUGUACAGGACUUCAGACAGAAUUGUAGAAAUGAAAAGAGUACAAAAAUAUUUCAAUUAGCUGGGGAAAGAUGGAGAAAAAUGUCUUUUGAAGAAAAGCAACCAUACGUAAAUGAAGCUCUGAGUGUUAAAAAUCAAAGGGUUCCACAGAAAAGUAAAUAUAUAAAUAAACUUCAAACAAAUACAGAAUCAACAAAAAACGAAAAUAUACCUAAACAAGAGAAAGUAAAUAAAAAAUCAGAAAGAAAUAAAAAGGAACCCAAUAAAGAGACUAAAAAGGCAAGUGAUACUGAAUCAGACAGUGGUUCAGCCACCUCAGGUACAGCAGGAUCAGCAACAAGCGAGGAUAUGUCAGAUACAAGUUAGAGAAUAAACAGCAACUGAUUAUAUAAA